AUGCCCCGAGUCUUCCUAGUCAGGAGCCGGCGUCCACAGCCACCCAACUGGGGCCAUCUGCCUGACCACCUCCGGGGAGAUGCCUAUAUCCCAGACUGCAGCAGCCUGGCAGCGCCACCAGUGCACAGAUCUUCUGGCCUUGGGGACUCUUGGGCAGCGUCCUCACAGGGAAUGCUGGCCUCUGCUCCCAGGGGCCCAGGGACACUUGGCUGUCCACUCUGCCCCAAGGCCUUCCCACUGCAGCGCAUGCUGACUCGGCACCUCAAAUGCCAUAGCCCAGCGAGGCGCCACGUGUGCCGCUGCUGUGGCAAGGGCUUUCACGAUGCCUUCGAUCUCAAGCGCCACAUGAGGACUCACACUGGGAUACGGCCAUUCCGCUGCGGGGCUUGUGGGAAAGCUUUUACGCAGCGCUGCUCCCUGGAAGCCCACCUGGCCAAGGUACACGGGCAGCCAGCCAGCUACGCUUACCGUGAGCGCAGGGAGAAGCUGCACGUGUGUGAGGAUUGCGGCUUCACCAGCUCUCGGCCCGACACUUAUGCGCAGCACCGCACCCUGCACCGUACAACUUGAGACAGGGACCCAAUCCUACCCAAGAAACAAAUAAACACCGUAAACACUAAUAGAGAAACUGGCAUUUAUUACAGAUGGAGGAAGGAGGGGUCACUCAGUCCAGCGGUGGCCACAGUGUGG